UACCAUUAUGCCCGAGGGUGUAAACCUAAGUUGUGGCUGCAGGUUGUAUAUAUUAUUGAUGACGAGUACUGCGAAGGGUUAAUACGGAAAGUAGUACAGCGAAAGCAGCAGCGGCCACUUUUCCACGCUCUUUACAACGUCCCGCACAAAGGAGAAUAGUGGAGCGUCGAAAGGGACGCAGGGGUUUAUCUCUACUGCACCUCCAGCACGCUGUCUAUCAACCAUCGUUGUAAAUACAUUCGCUGUGAAUACACGCUCAGGCCAUCUGUGUGAGUGACUGUGAUCUCUCAUGUCCGCCCACGGCCACCCCUCCACCUCCUCCCAGCAGCCGCACCUCUCCAAUAUCCUCGCACCAGCCAGCCAGCCAGCCAACACUGAGCGAACGGAGAGCGAGAUCCAAGCAGAUGAUGGUGGCGGAGAGGGCGAGCAAGGCCAGAAUGCAGACCGGAGCGAUAGUAGCAAGGGUAAGGAGAAGGAUAAGGAGUAUGACAAAUGGAUACAGGGGAUUGACUAUGCUUACGAAUAUGUGCCUGUAACUCAGCGACGUCAAGGAAGAAAGAAUAUGUAAGUGUCUUGCUGUCGUGGUGGCUUGGGUUCCUGUUCCUUUCUCUGUUUUUUUCCUCUCUUGGAUUGGGCUUUGUUAUGAAUGGCUUCGCUAGGUGAUGGACGCCAAAUCUACCUUCUCUCUGGAAGCUUUCAAUGAACGGACGAUUAUUACCACAUAGACUUGUCAAUUUGGCCUUGCUCGUCACGCGGGACUGCUUUUUAUCAUUGUCACUCUUUCACACCUUAACUUGUUUUGUAUCACAAAUUAUCAAUUUUGAAUUCUCGUCGCGGUUAAAAGCGUAUUCGGCAAUUCUUAUUUGCACUGCGUUGUUUUCACCAUCGCGGACCUCAUUCUCUUACCAGGAAAGCCGGCUCUGAAAGAACGGGAAUCCUACGUUUUCGCCUCUGCUUCUAUUACUUGUUCAUUAGUCACUCAGUGUCACCGGCUUUCCCUGUCAACUUAUAUAUCAUGACCUGCGUACAUUCGCAGAAAUCUACAGCUUCGCCCGGUUUCCUUUAGACUGCAAGAUCCUCUGGACUACGAUAUUAAAAGUAUUCGAGGCAGCUAGUUCUGACGAUGGGCGAAUUGGGAAACUGGAGGACUUUCAAGAGACUUGUCGUCGUAUUCUCCACAAGCUGAGAGCAAGAUACUGUCGAACGCUGUUGAGGGCUCUUCCUUUGCGCAAUCGGAUCCCAGCCCUUUCCAUUUGUAAGGCUCGCACAAAGCUUCCCGACUACACUAUAGUGUCUGCCCUUCACAAAAAUGAACCAAAUGAGAUUCUUCGCCCGAGGGUCAUCUAGCAUACCACAAUCCACUCGUACGUCUGACGAAAAACAAUACUUCGCGGCACUAUAUUGGGCUCUCACAUUACGAGUGCUCGCCUUUAUUUGGAUCGGAGUCCAUUUGCUGUGAAGUCAACUCAAACCGUCCAUCGGAAAUUCGCGCGAUGGACAAUGGUCUAUUUGUGCAGAUCGUUUCAAAAGCCCGCAAGAUGUUUUGUGGGAUGUCACUUUCCCUCUCCUCUUCAGCCCGGCGAAAAGAGGUGGUGGGGUGAUAGAGGGUUGGAGGAUUGGAUGAGGGCUGUUCGGUUAUUAUUCUGAACCUGACAAUCCCACGGUGGAUCUGUCUUAACACUUAAAACCCAAGGAUGUUUUAUGAAACAUGUUUGCAUGUAGAACCACAUCGCCAAGGCUCAUUACCUCUUCGCCUGAAACUUCUACACCCACAGCAUGUGGAUUCGCGGACACCGUUCAAGGAUUUUGUCCAACGUUCGAUCGCCGACACCUAUCAAAAAUCACCGGACACCUUUGAUCUCCACAUACACACAAUUGUAUACACAAAAACAGUCACUCCUACGUCCAUUGUCCUUUUUCUCGCUUUAUCAGCCCUAUACUUUCCCCUGCAUUGCCCCGCAUCGCAGUAGUCUUCCCGAUCUUAUCGCUCCUUAUUGUUCUUUUAGGGUCCUUUUGAACACACAUCAUCCUUGAUAGUUUCGUUCAUCUAUUACGAAAGUACCCAAGGACGUUGUUCUUUGUGCUCUUUGUGUAUCGCUCGUCUUUUCGUUGGUCGAAGUGCUGUAAAGAGUGAUUUCCAAAAAGUCUUCAGGCUUGUGCCUUUAAUUACCCAUUCCCUGCUUUAUUUUGCUUGUUCUUUUAUUUCCUUUUUAUUCUUCUUCUUCUCUUGCCUCAUGGUCCAUCACUCACAAUUAACGUCGAAUGGGGCUGAUCAGAUGUCUUUUUACGUCUACCCACCACCUCCACCGCCCGGCUAUCAACUUGUCUACGUACCGCCCUUUCACACUACCCACUUACCACGCCAACGUCCUUGUUCAACUUCAUCACUGCCGACUACACCUUCCAACCCUUACCCUCCCCAUCUCCCCACGCCAUCCUACACGCCAAUGUCAAUACGGCACUGUUCCUCGGUUGCGACGGACCAUGAUUGUAUACUCAGAACAUACGAGCUUACCAUGCGGCAACAGCCUGUACAGGCAAGGAUGUGUGGGAUUGGAGAUAAAUCCGAUCGACGGCCAGUGGAUCCCACGCCAAUCAUUCAGCUGAAGGUUAUCGACCCGCAAGGCGAUGAUAUCACCUCAAUCGAUCCUCAGACUAGGCAGCAGAUCCGAAGGCCGUCCGGUUCUGAGGGCAUGACAUAUAUGCAAAAUCCAUACUAUUUCUUAUUCGCUUGCCUUGUCGGCGGUGAGGAACAGGAGGACGAGCUUCAUGUUAUUGAUGAUGGCAAAACCCGAUUCCUAACCGGGACACCUGUUUCUUCAUUGUAUCAUCUUAAGGACUUGGAUAAUUCGGAUGCGGCCUUCUUUGUGUUCCCUGAUCUUGGUGUGAGGAAAGAGGGGAGAUACAAGUUGAAAUUGACGUUGUUUGAGAUUGUCGAUCAAGAAGUAUAUUACUGUACCACAAUGUUCACUUCUACAUUCUCUGUGUACUCAGCCAAAAAGUUUCCAGGAAUGUCAAAAGCUACAGAUUUAUCGGUAUCAUUCGCCGAGCAGGGCCUCAAAAUUCGAGUCCGUAAAGAUCCUCGCCAACCUGCGCGUGCAACGGCAUCUUCAAGUGGAAAAUCGAAGCGGAAGAGUGAUGCGCACGAAUCAGAAGAGGAGGCGCCAGCGCAAGGGCAGUCCAAGAGGACCCGAGGGCUUUCGAUGGGUUACCCCGGACACGAACAACGUUUCCACCCUCCUCCAGGCGAACACCAUUACUACCCUUAUCCUCCCAACUAUCCUCCCCCGUCCGGUUAUUAUCCUCCAUCAGGUCAUCCCAUGCCUCCCCCACCACCACCUAGUGCAUACGACCCUUACCGCUCUCAUAUGUCCCGUAGCGGAUCGCCGUACUCUUACCACCCACCUUACCCCCCUUACUCUGCCCCAGGAUAUCCACCACCUCCAUCAAGUAACUAUCAUGUCAACUCUGGCCGUCCGUCUACCAAUCCAGAAUCAAGUCCAAGUAGACAUCGCCACUCUCUGCCUCCUCCGGGAUAUGUUCUGGACCCCCGCCCAAUUCCGUUGCCUUCUUCUCAUGGCCACCAUGCGUACCCAACAUCAUCUGGUAUGGGGUACCCGCCAUACCCAAUGCAUAGCGAGUCCUAUGACCGAGCAGGUGUGCCAUGGGCUCAGGAGCGCCGUCCAACAUUGCCGCCGCCACCACUUCCAGAAUCUGCGAUGGGCAGACCUGGGUCUCGAGGAACUGGUCAUCAUUCGACCCAUCCUUCUUCUCUUCGUCAAGGGGUUUCUCCACUCGAAAGCCCAGGAAGACUUCAGUAUGCUCAAAGUCCCGAUAUGGGAUCAUACAGACCAUUAUCGUCUGCUAGCACCAGAGAAGGCAGGGAUGGGCGAGAAAGGGAGAGGGAACGUGAACUACAUAGGGGAUCGCCCGUCAUACUGCCUCCGAUCACUCGAUCACCAGUUCUUAUUUCACAGGGUCUGCCAUCCAUCACCGACCCUCGAGAGUCUCGGGAAUGUCUGAAUCAGAGUGAGAGCAGGGCAAGCGUGGGUGGAGAUUCUGGGUCUCGUCCAAGCAGUUCAGGCAAAAACAAGAUGGGAUUGGGCAACCUGCUGGGUUGAGAGAAUACUGAAAAAGGAGCUGUGUCAUUUAUUGUGAUAUAGUAGAGCAAAUAGAACAAUGAUAAAACUGCAUACCUUAGUUAAGAUGCAUAAUAGUGUGGUCCUCGCCG